AUGCAUUCAAACAAACGAGCAACCGUUACGAGAAACGUCAAAGAAAUAUCGCAGGACGAUCUACAACCUAAAAAACAAGAAGAAAAGUUAAAAAAGAGAGUCCAUAGCGUGUCAACACCUCGCCCUUUUUUUCAACAAUCUACCACGGCUGAUAUUUAUUCAAGACAGAACAGCGCACUUAAAGCCCCAAAAAAAUCUACACAGUCUUUAAAAACAAACGUAUCUCCCAUGAAGGAUUUGCAAAAAACUUCGCCCUCUGUGACGCAAUUAAAAAGUAACAAAAUGGCGCCAACACCUUUCAAAAACAAGAUGGAUACCAGAACGCCGAGAAAUUUAAAAAGUGUAUCAAACGUAACCGUUAACUCGCCGAUUGUAAAAAGAAAAUUAACCACAGAUUAUGUAAAUACUCCGAGGACAUCCAAAGAGGUGUCUAAUAAAGAGGUUUUAAGUAAAGUUUCUAAAUCUAGGGAAGUUUUAAAAAGGGAGGUUAAUACAAAAAAGGCUGAAAGGCCAAGGACACAUACAAGAACGCUAGAAGAGGGCGAAGUUAAGGUUUUGACGCCUGAAAACGUAGACAAUAAUACGGGAAUGCUGAACUUGUCUAAGAAGCUCUCUGCGCAGGCGAAAGCGUUUUAUGUUGAUCUUGAGGGUGAAAAGUCAAAGGAACAAAACAAGGAAACCAGCGACGAAGACAUAAGUUAUGAGGACGAUUUUGAGAGUUACGAAUCGGACUUCGACUCUUACCACAGUUCUGGACAGAGCGCAGAGGAACAAGAGAGUGAGAAAGAGAAGAUCUAUAAAGAGGAGAACAUGCUUGAUUCUGGAACAUUCGAAAUGCGGGGUCGUUCAGCUACGAGCGCUGAGCCAAUGAAGUUUAUUCUAGAAGACAGCGAUAAGAAGACAUCUCUGACAGACGAAGGGUUCCAGGAUAUGUCGAGUUCGAGCACCGUAUCCAGCAUGAAGACAGUGCACGUGGAAGUUCUAGAGAGACCUCUAUUUAUUGAUUUUACAAAGUCGAAGGAAAACAGAAGAAAGCGGCGUGUGUUUGAAAAGUUAAAACAACGGGCAAACGAUAUUUUAAGCAUGGUAACAUUGCAUGAAAUGUCAUUCUCCCUCUUUGAAAUGAAACCGAUACCCUACGAUUUGUAUAUGGCAACAUUUGGUAGGUCGAAUUACACGCAAGUUGUAGUGCAGACUUUUGACGACGGUAUCACUGUUGAGGUGCAAACCGAAGAGAUCGAAUAUGGCAGUAAGUGGACGCAGCAUCCCGUAGAAUUUUCAAAAGAAACAAUUUAUGUAACUGACGCCAGUAAUAGCAAACACAACGAUGACAUUGAACAAACGAUAAAUGAUGUCAUCAAUUUUGACAACCGAUUGAGAUAUGUCAGAACAGAUGACAGCUACAAAACGAAUCCACUGCGAAUUUAUUUAGAGCAGAAAGAUGGCGCUGGUGGUGAUAGAAUGUUGCCAUUUGAGACGUAUUUAUCGAAAACGAAACGAACAGAGUAUAACGCGGGUAAAUUGAGAAAAUUCUUGAAAAAGGUCGGCCACAGAAUAAGCAACGCGUUGAGUGAAAACGCUGGCUACUUCGUGACAUCCCUAAAGGCGACGUCAAAAUAUCCUUUUAGCAAGGAGUUUUUAACGAUAUCCAGUAAAAAUGUAACUAAUCAAGAACAGAACUAUUUAAAACAUAAAAAAAUAACAGGCGUAGUGUUUUCGGAAACGAAAAGUAGUUUAGUACUAACAAUACAUUGCAAGACAGGUGAAAAGGCGUGUAUUUUAUGUCUGUGGGAUUUAAAUGUUGCCAUAUUGAAGCCAGUAAAAAAGUUGAUUGCAACGGAAGUUGUGGAGAGGGGAGUUUUUAGGGGAGAUGUCGAUGGAUUUUUCGUUGCAGCUUUGAAAGAUGGCACAGUACAUUUAUGGGACUUAUCAGAACAGCCGACAGUGAGUGACUUUGACACUAGGGAAGUGCCAAACGAAAAUGAACUUAAUGUCUCGGGUCUUAAGGACCAAAAUGAACGUUCUGAACAGAUGUUGCGCGCAUGCGCGUUUACAAGCAGCGCGUCAAAUAUGAACGGUGUAACGGAUGUGGACAGUAUAGUUGGUUUAGAAUUUGUAACUGGCAACACUGUUACUAUGGAGAACGGAAAUAAAGUUGUUGGGCAGAUCUGUACAUUACUAAAGCGGGGAUAUCUUAUAACAUACUCGAUAAUUCAAGAGAAAAACAAAAAUAUAACCGCAGAUUUAGGGAAGGCGUUUUGGUCGAAAAUGAGACUAGAAAAACACCAAACGGUAGUUCUAAGCGACUAUAUAAUACCAACGAGCGACAUUACAAGCGAAGUUAAUUUUAGCUUGGAUACAGCUAAGAAGAAGCUGCUUUUAAAACGUCGUGUUAUGGACGUAAGAGCGUUUUCCCGCCCAAAAUCCGCCAUUACUGUUGACAAGCCGUCCAGUGUUGCCAGCUUGAAAAGAUUUGCCGAUAUUUCGGGAUGGGAGACUGGGAUCAUCUGUAAUACGUUGAAGAUUGUUAACAUUAACGGUUACAAUCGUUAUUUGAUUGGGAAAAAUUGUGGGGAGGUUUUGGACUGUAGAAAAGUCGGCGGGACAGUGAGAAUAGUCAGAUUAAAUAUAACGGGGGAUUCUUCGGCAAUAACUGUAUUGGAAGUGUCAAAAGAUAAUCCCCAGUAUUUUCUUGCUGGUUCAAAUGGGGGGACGGUACACUUGUGUUCCUUGCAAGAGAGAAGAGUUUUGCUCACAUUGGAUUGUCGCAACACUCCAACGGUGGUGACGGAGAAGUGCCAAGCAGAUAGCAAAGGACGGUAUCUGGGUUCCGUAGCUGUUAAACAGAGUUAUGAUGAAAAUUGUUUUGAAACAAAGCUGGCUGUGACGUCACUAGCUUGGUGCCACUCCAACCCGUUCAACAUAGUCGUGGGUACGAAUGGAAGGGUAAAUGUUUGGAAGCUAACCCACAGCGACAUUCGCCCGUACAAGAUGUUCGAAAAUGCCGCCACGAGAAUUGUUUCACAAGAACGUAAUAUGGCGUUCCUCAACAUGGAGGGAGAUAUAGAAGUGUACAAAAUCGACACUCGCACUGAAAACUCGGAAGUCUUUCAGAAAUACGUAUCCAUCUUAUAA